GCCCGGCUGAUGUUUUCUUUAAUAGAUCAGAAGUAGAACUCAGGUAUGAAAGAUGAGGAAAAUGCUGUGAGAUGAGGUGUAAAGUCCUUCGCUGAUUGUAAAUUUAGAAGCUGAACUCAGAGAUACUGUUUUUAAUUUUUCACUUGAUUGGUGAAGGUAAUUCCAUGUUAGGUCUAAUGAUUAAAAAUGAAGAAAGUUGAUGAGGGUCUAUAAGGUACCUACUGUAUGCCAAGUACUGUGCUACAAUGAAUCUAGAAAAGGCUCAAACUUUUCAAGUGAGGGUUUCAGUUAAGAAAUUAAGGAUUCUACGGCUGUAGGGUUGUUGAGGUGACCCAUCAGAAGAAGCACCAUUGUCCCCAAAGUCUGUUGGCCUAGUUUUGGCAUUGUACAUGACCUUCUGUUGGGAGAAUACAGGGGAGUGAUUUCAGAGAUGUGGUUAUUCAUUCAGUGUCUACCAACCUCAGGAUAAGUGUUUAAGUUUUAUGAUUCAUUUGAAUGGGCUGCAUAGGAGGUUAUCUGCUACUGCUGAAGAAUUGGAUGUUUGAUAAGACGUAGAUAUUUCUUGGCUCUCAAAAAUCUGCGAGUGCUCCUUGAUGGUCAAACACACACUUAUGGGCCAUAAUUGCUUUUUAAAAGCUUGCCCACCUGCCCUAUGAAGUUGCUAUGUGGUCACCCUGGGUGAGUGGCUUGGCCCUCAAAGGUGCCCCAGAGCCACUCAGUAUAAACCCGCCAUGUGCUUGUGUGGUUGGGCUCCAUAUCCAAUCUUGCAUGCCAGCCUUUUCAGGGAGGGAUCUGGGGCUUCAGGAGCAAGAGGUGAGGGGGUUGAAGAACUUAUUAUGAGCAAGACUCCCGGUGGGUAAAGUGAGAAAAUAAAAAGUUUGUCCCCUUCCUUUCUUGACCCCAGAUUGAAGUGGGGGGAUCUUUGGAAAGAAGGCUUUCCAAACCUUCUUGGGAGUUGGAAAUACUUUAGUCCUCACCUCUUUUCAGGAUUGAUCAGGAGAUAAACCCAAGAUGCCUUUUGCUUUUUGGGCAUCUUUGGUUCCGGGCAGCCAAAGGAACUAGACAUUCAUUACUUGGUGUUACUAAUUUUGUGUUAGAAAAACACCAUCACCGUUAUCUUUUUGUAUAACAUUACCUGGGAGUAUUAAAUAUUUGAAAUAUUUAGCAGGAAUGGGUAUUUCUGAGAUAUCUCACAUUUUGGGGUGCCAUCUUGUGUUCAGACUACAGAUUAAUUCAGAUUAAGCAAUGAAAUCCACUCCUUGUCUGGGUUGAUGUAAAGAAUUUCAAGACUAAUAAUAGUAAUAACAAUAUGUAACUGUGAUUCUAAGCACUUUCUGUGGAUUUAAUUAAUUAUUGCAAUAACAUUUUGAAGUAGAAACUAUUAUUAUGCCCACUGUACAAAUAAGGAAAUGGAGGAGCAGAUAAUUUAAGUAAAUUGCCCAAAGUCACACAGCUAAUUGGUGGUAGAGUCAGGCUUUGAAUCCAGGCAGAUAGGCUCCUAAACUCUUAACAGUUGUUUUACAUAGUCAUGUAUGUAUGUAUGUCAGAUUCAAUCUUGCAAGAAGGAUAUUCUCAUCAUGUAUUUAAUUGUGUAUGCCUAUAUAUACCUUUGAAAUCCAAGUUUCCUUAGAGUAUUUAAAAGUAAAUAGUGUGGUAUGCAAAUCGGGGCAGGGGAUGUGCAAAUUGGGAAACAGGUGACUUGGACCUGGUGUAGAGCUUGGCACCUUGGAAUCUAGGGGUGAGUUAGCAAUCUAGGCUGGAUGGCCCUGGUGGGAAUUGCCUAAAGGGCCUGACACUGUUAUAUGCAGAAUGGGAGAUCCUGGGAGUCCUGAGGGCCACAGGUGGGUGAGGGCCAACUGCAGCUGGGGAUAAGAAAAUGGCAAUAGGGUUGAUAUUAGAAAGGGAAUCCUGGAGUAAGAGAGUUAAUACUCAGGAUGAGAGUCUUAGUUACAAUGCUUAAGUGCAAGACUACUGUAAAUUGCCUAUGAAAUAUAUCUGCUCAUGUGUCUGUCUACCUGUCUCUUCAAAGAAGUUGAAUAAAGUUGCAAAUAAUGCUUACAUAGACUUUAGGGAAAAUUGCACUAUAAUAAUGUGCUGGUUCAUUCACUAAAAACUGACUUGUUUUGGACCCAUUCAUACUAUUUACUUUGUCCACAUCCACAGGGAUGUGAUUUUUUUUUUUUUUAAACCUGAGAAAUAGCUUUCACCAACUAAGUGUUUUGAAACUAUAACCUCAUUCCUUCUAAGUUGGAAACAUUCCAUUCUUUUCUGUGAUCAUUGCUAUGUUUGUGUGUGGACAAAAUCAGGACAAGAAAACAAGGAAAACCCUCAAUGCUUUGAAUAUGUGCUUAACCUGACCGGCACAAAAGUAGUCUAUAGAGCAAUCAUAGCUUAUUUCUUAAUGGAUUGUGUUUGCCUCCAAUGGACUGAUGUUUGCUUCCGAGAGUGUGUGCGUUUCUGUGUGUGCUUUUGAGUCUCUGUGUGUGCAUGUUCAUUUUCUGUAUUCAGUCUGCGUCACUCCCACGGUAAUCACUGUUUCUCAAUGACCUGUGAAGUUGAAAGAUGCAUGAGUAUAAUGCAGUCCGGGACACAGAUGAUCAAACUGAAACGUGGAAGCAAAGGGCUUGUUCGCCUCUUUUACCUGGAUGAGCACCGGACACGUCUCCGAUGGCGACCCUCUAGGAAGAGUGAAAAGGCGAAAAUACUUAUUGAUUCCAUUUACAAAGUGACUGAGGGUCGACAGUCUGAAAUAUUCCACAGACAAGCUGAGGGGAACUUUGACCCCAGCUGCUGCUUCACCAUCUACCAUGGCAACCACAUGGAGUCCCUGGACCUCAUCACCUCCAACCCCGAGGAGGCCCGCACCUGGAUCACAGGCCUCAAGUACCUGAUGGCUGGCAUCAGUGAUGAAGACUCCCUUGCCAAAAGGCAGAGGACCCAUGACCAAUGGGUGAAACAGACCUUUGAGGAAGCUGAUAAGAAUGGUGAUGGCUUGUUGAAUAUUGAAGAGAUACAUCAGCUGAUGCAUAAACUGAAUGUUAAUCUGCCCCGAAGAAAAGUCAGACAAAUGUUUCAGGAAGCUGACACAGAUGAGAAUCAAGGAACUUUGACAUUUGAAGAGUUCUGUGUUUUUUACAAAAUGAUGUCUUUGAGACGAGAUCUUUAUUUGUUGCUUUUGAGCUACAGUGACAAGAAAGAUCACCUAACUGUGGAAGAACUGGCUCAGUUUUUGAAGGUGGAGCAAAAGAUGAAUAAUGUGACAACGGACUAUUGUCUUGACAUCAUAAAGAAGUUCGAAGUUUCAGAAGAAAAUAAGUUGAAAAAUGUUCUUGGCAUAGAAGGCUUCACGAACUUCAUGCGUAGUCCUGCUUGUGACAUAUUUAACCCGUUGCAUCACGAAGUGUACCAAGACAUGGAUCAACCCCUCUGCAACUACUACAUUGCUUCCUCUCACAAUACAUACCUGACUGGGGACCAGCUCCUUUCUCAGUCCAAAGUGGAUAUGUAUGCACGGGUGCUGCAAGAGGGCUGUCGCUGCGUGGAAGUUGACUGUUGGGAUGGCCCGGAUGGAGAGCCAGUAGUACACCAUGGUUACACUCUCACUUCAAAAAUUCUCUUCAGAGAUGUUGUGGAGACCAUCAACAAGCACGCCUUUGUGAAGAAUGAGUUUCCGGUUAUAUUGUCAAUCGAGAAUCACUGCAGUAUCCAGCAGCAAAGGAAGAUUGCUCAGUACCUGAAAGGAAUAUUCCGAGAUAAACUGGACCUGUCAUCUGUUGAUACAGGGGAGUGCAAGCAGCUUCCAAGCCCUCAAAGUUUGAAAGGCAAAAUCCUAGUGAAGGGUAAGAAGUUGCCUUAUCACCUUGGGGAUGAUGCAGAGGAAGGGGAAGUUUCCGAUGAGGACAGUGCAGAUGAAAUUGAAGAUGAGUGCAAAUUCAAGCUCCAUUAUAAUAAUGGGACUACUGAGCAUCAGGUGGAAUCUUUCAUAAGGAAAAAACUGGAGUCACUGUUAAGAGAAUCUCAAAUUCGAGAUAAAGAAGAUCCUGAUAGUUUCACAGUGAGGGCACUGCUAAAGGCUACGCAUGAAGGCUUAAAUGCACACCUGAAGCAGAGUCCAGAUGUAAAGGAAAGUGGAAAGAAAUCGCAUGGACGAUCCCUCAUGACCAACUUUGGAAAACAUAAGAAAACUACAAAAUCACGGUCUAAAUCUUACAGUACUGAUGAUGAGGAAGACGCACAGCAGAAUCCUGGCAAGGAGGGUGGCCAGCUGUACAGACUGGGUCGCCGAAGGAAAACCAUGAAGCUCUGCCGAGAACUCUCUGAUUUGGUUGUGUACACAAACUCCGUGGCCGCCCAGGACAUUGUGGAUGAUGGAACCACAGGAAAUGUGUUAUCAUUCAGUGAAACAAGAGCACAUCAGGUAGUUCAGCAAAAAUCAGAGCAGUUCAUGAUUUAUAACCAAAAGCAACUCACAAGGAUUUACCCCUCUGCCUACCGAAUUGAUUCCAGUAACUUCAACCCUCUCCCCUACUGGAACGCAGGCUGCCAGCUAGUGGCAUUGAAUUAUCAAUCUGAAGGACGAAUGAUGCAGCUAAACCGAGCCAAAUUCAAGACAAAUGGCAAUUGUGGUUAUGUCCUCAAACCCCAGCAAAUGUGCAAAGGUACUUUCAACCCUUUCUCUGGUGAUCCUCUUCCUGCCAACCCUAAAAAGCAGCUCAUCCUAAAAGUUAUCAGUGGACAGCAACUCCCCAAACCUCCAGACUCCAUGUUUGGAGAUCGAGGCGAGAUCAUUGACCCUUUUGUUGAAGUUGAAAUUAUUGGAUUGCCAGUAGAUUGUUGUAAAGAUCAAACCCGUGUGGUGGAUGACAAUGGAUUUAACCCUGUGUGGGAAGAAACACUGACAUUUACAGUACACAUGCCAGAAAUCGCUUUGGUUAGGUUCCUUGUGUGGGAUCAUGAUCCCAUUGGACGAGAUUUUGUUGGACAAAGAACCGUGACCUUCAGCAGCUUAGUGCCUGGUUACCGACAUGUCUAUUUGGAAGGACUGACAGAAGCAUCUAUAUUUGUACACAUAACCAUCAAUGAAAUCUAUGGAAAGUGGAGCCCUUUAAUACUCAACCCCAGUUAUACAAUAUUGCACUUUCUAGGAGCUACAAAGAACAGACAACUCCAGGGUCUGAAGGGACUGUUCAAUAAGAAUCCUAGGCACAGUUCUUCAGAAAACAAUUCCCAUUAUGUACGGAAACGAUCGAUUGGAGAUAGAAUUCUGCGACGCACGGCGAGCGCCCCGGCCAAAGGCAGGAAAAAGAGCAAAAUGGGCUUCCAAGAAAUGGUGGAGAUAAAGGAUUCUGUGUCUGAGGCCACAAGAGAUCAAGAUGGCGUGCUGAGGAGGACCACACGUAGUUUGCAAGCACGCCCUGUCUCUAUGCCCAUUGACAGAAACCUUCUGGGAGCUUUGUCGCUGCCCUUAUCAGAAACAGCAAAAGACGUUGAAGGAAAAGAAAACUCUCUGGCAGAGGAUAAAGAUGGCAGAAGGAAAGGGAAAGCAAGUAUUAAAGAUCCACAUUUUCUAAAUUUCAACAAAAAGUUAUCUUCCUCCUUCAGUGCUCUUCUCCACAAAGAUACCAGCCAAGAGGAUGCCAUUGUAUCUACUGCCCACAUGUCAGUCACAGGAGAACAGUUGGGCAUGUCAAGGCCUAAGGAUGGGAGAACUGCAUCAAAUGCCACAGGUGAUUGCCAGGAAAAUCCCUGUCCCAACAAGUCUCUCUCCCCAAGGCAGCAUUUGGCUCCUGAUCCUGUAGUUAACCCCACACAAGAUCCGCAUGGUGUGAAAAUCAAGGAAAAGGGGAAUGCCGAGGGCUUUGUGGAAGGGAAAACCAUCUUGUCAGGAAGCAUCCUUUCUCAUAGCAACCUAGAAAUUAAGAACAUGGAAGGUAGUGGAGGUAAGGGCCGAGCUGCAACAUCCUUUUCUUUGUCAGACGUCUCCGUGCUCUGCUCUGACAUACCUGACCUACAUUCAACUGCAAUUCUGCAGGAGAGUGAAAUUUCCCAUCUUAUUGACAAUGUCACUUUAACAAAUGAGAAUGAGCCAGGCAGUUCCAUCUCAGCCCUGAUUGGCCAGCUUGACGAGACCAACGAUCCAGCUAUCACAGUUGUGUCUCAUCUUCAAAAUACCAGUGUGAUGUCAGACCAUUGUCCCCUGCCUAGCCUGGGCCUAAAAAUACCCAUCAAGCAUGGUUUUUCCAAGGGAAAAUCCAAGUCUUCCCUCCUGUGCUCAUCUCCGGAGCUGAUAACACUCUCGAGUCCUGAAACCACCAAACAUGCAACAUAUACAGUUUAUGAAACUACCUGCACUCCCAUCUCUAAAACCAAACCAGAUGAUGACCUUUCUAGUAAGGCCAAGACAGGGGCCGUAGAGAGCAGCCUGCCUGGGUCCCCUAAUACUUCUCAUGGCUGGUUACCAAAAAGUCCUACUAAGGGAGAAGACCGGGAAACACUGAAGAGCUGCAGCCCAGCCUCUUACCCUGAUUUGACCCUGGAGGCUGUAAUACCUGAUCCCACUCUCUGUUUCAAUUCGGGGGAGAGCAGCCUUGUGGAAAUUGAUGGAGAAUCAGAAAAUCUUUCUCUAACAACUUGUGAAUAUAAAAGAGAGGGCACAAGUCAACUUGCUUCUCCUUUAAAACUGAAGUACAGUCAGGAUGUGGUAGAACACUUGCAGAGAGGUUUGAGAAACGGCUACUGUAAAGAGACCCUCCACCCUUCUGUCCCUGAAAUAUUCAACAAUAUUCAAGAUGUCAAAACUCAACGUAUUUCUUACCUAGCAUAUCAGGGUGCUGACUUUGUGCAUAACCAUCUCUCAAAUUCAGAUGCAAAAAUGUUCCAGACCUGUGUGCCCCAGCAGUCUAGUGCUCAAGAUGUGCAUGCCCCUGUACCCAAGCAAUUGACACAUCUUCCUUUGCCUGCUCUGAAACUGCCCAGUCCUUGCAAAUCCAAAAGUCUAGGGGACUUAACAUCAGAGGACAUUGCCUGCAAUUUUGAGAGCAAGUACCAGUGUAUUAGUAAGAGUUUUGUUACAACUGGCAUUAGAGACAAGAAGGGCAUGACUGUGAAGACAAAGUCGUUAGAGCCUAUAGAUGCCCUGACGGAGCAGCUUCGGAAGCUUGUGUCCUUUGACCAGGAAGACAACUGCCAAGUGCUAUAUUCAAAGCAGGAUGCCAAUCAGCUCCCCCGGGCACUGGUCAGAAAGUUGUCAUCCAGAAGUCAGAGCAGAGUGCGCAAUAUUGCUAGUCGUGCCAAGGAGAAACAGGAAGCCAACAAGCAGAAAGUUCCAAACCCCAGCAAUGGAGGAGGAGUGAUUCUUAGAAACAAACCCUCAGCACCCACCCCUGCGGUGAAUCGCCACUCCACUGGCUCCUACAUCGCAGGCUACCUGAGGAACACGAAAGGGGGUGGCCUUGAAAGCCGGGGCAUCCCAGAGGGGGCAUGCACGGCCCUUCGCUAUGGCUACAUUGACCAAUUUUGUUCAGAUAAUUCUGUUUUGCAGACUGAGCCAAGUAAUGAUGAUAAACCAGAAAUUUAUUUUCUUUUGAGACUGUGAAUUAUGUAAAACUGCAUUCUUAAGGUUUACAAGGUAUUCCGUAGAAUGUCAGAAUUUUCAGUUUUCAGUACAUAAGUUCCUUGGCUUGGGAAUGAUUUUCAGAUGUAUUUUUAAACUUGCAUUUGGGUCUCCCUCUGACUUCGUGUGUUCUCCCUGUUAAUGUGUUUGUAUAUAGAUUUGGUGACACUUCCCAUGUACCUGUUAUGAUCUUUCUCCUCUGAGGUGUUGUAAACUGUAUCAGUAUGACAUAUGUGCAUGCCCUAGAUGUGAAACUCCUGAGCAGCUCGGGUUAUAAUGUGUGUAUGUUUCACCAAGAUGUCCUUUACUGUGUCCUCAGAUUGCAGUCACAAAUGUAGUCAUUUUUACUCUCUAA